CCCCCGCAUGGCCGCCUCCGCCAAUCACCUCGCCGCCGGCCCCCGGCCUCUCCCCCAGAGCCGGCAACCUCGUCUCCCGCCUCCGCUCUCUCCCCUCCCCUCAUCACAAGACGCCAUGGAUCCAGCUCGCGCUCCUCCUCAAGGGCUCCCCAGAUCGACAGCUCCAAGUGCUUCUGCUCGGCCACGUUACCUGACCGCACGACGCCAUGGCCUGGCCAUGGAUGGACCUUCCCCUGCUGCCACGCUCGUCCAAGGAAAGAUGGCCGCCGCUAUACAUUGCCGGAGGAGCACAUUCCUGCAGAGCUCAUGGGACGCACCCCUUCAAGGUCCAUCUCAACCCCCCCCCCCCCCCCCCUUCCCCUGCUGCCACGCUCGUCCAAGGUCCGCUCCUUCAGUUCGAUUUGCUCUGCAUCCCUUCCCGUGCCCUCCCUGA